AUGCUCGCCGAGCUGGGAGCGGUGAUGCGGGAGCGCGAUCAGGCCGUGGCCGCGCUGCAGCACAUUCGCGAGGCCUCCGAGAUCAACGACGCGCGCCACGACGCUACUUUGGCGGCCACAGUCGAGGCGGCUCUCCGCGCGGUGCAAGCGGCGCGCGCACGCGCGCUGCUGCGGCGGGUGAUUGACAGUUGGCACUCUCACGUGGAGAAGGCGACGAUGCUGCGUAACAUGCGUGCGCUCAGCCUGCGCGCUUGUUCGCGAGCAGCCGCCGGCUCUGCGCCGCACAGCGACUCCUCCGCCGCUCCCGUGCAGACUCCCGCAGUCGUCGGCGGGACGCUCUUCGACCCCGUGCGGCUCCGGGACGAGGUGCUCGGGCCAGCUCCCUCGAGCGGGCUGCCCGCUGAGGCGUUGCUCAAGAGGCUGCAGCAUCUCUCGGUGGAGAAUGCGUUUCUGCGCGAGCGGACGGACCACCUCGAGACCAGCGUGCAGUCCCUCUCGGCCGAGCUGCGCGACAGGAAGGCGCUCCUGCACCACGUCUACGUCGUCGCGAGGCGGACGGUCGACCCGCGAGCCACGCCCGCCGAGCCGGACGUGAUACGCGACUUCAGCGACUGGGCCAUGCCCGGCUUCGCGGCAUUCCUUGGCGACGAGACGCGCCGUCGAGAUCGCGAGGCGUGGCCCCGCCUCCGCGCGGCAUUCCCCGCGCGCCUGUCGGCGCAGCUGACCGUGCCAUGA